AUUUUUGAGAUUUUUCCUCGGGGUGUUUUCAGGUAUGCAGUGGUUACGGGUGCAAACAAGGGGAUCGGGUUGGAGAUAUGUAGGCAGUUGGCUUCGAAUGGGAUUGUGGCGAUAUUAACAUCUAGAGAUGAAAAAAGGGGACUUGAAGCGGUUAGGAAGCUCCGGGACUCUUCAAGUGGUCUGUCUGAUCACGUUGUUUUUCACCAGCUUGAUGUCACUAAUCCUGCUAGUGUUUCGUCCCUUGCGAAUUUCAUCAAGACCCGGUUCGGGAAGCUCGACAUUCUGGUGAACAAUGCCGGGAUUGGCGGAGCCGAUGCAGAUGGCGAAACCUUAAAGGCUUCUGGUUUCGGAAAGGAAGGUGCCCAAAUCAAUUGGAAAGAAGUAUUGACCCAACCUUAUGAAACAGCUGAAUUAUGUCUGGAAACAAACUAUUUCGGGGCCAAACGAACGGUCGAGGCUCAUAUUGACCUCCUCCAACUAUCCGAUUCACCGAGGAUAGUGAAUGUUUCCUCCAGCAUGGGGAAGCUUCAGAGAGUGUCUAAUGAAUGGGCCAGGGGAGUUCUGAGCGAUGCUGAGAACCUCACGGAGGAGAAAGUGGACGGGGUUGUGAAGGCUUUCCUCGAAGACUUCAGGAGCGGUUCUUUGGAAGCCAAAGGCUGGCCUGCAGUCUUUGCUGCUUACAUAAUCUCGAAAGCAGCCAUGAAUGCUUACACUAGGAUCCUCGCCAAGAAGUACCCAAACAUCAUUGUGAACUGCGUGUGCCCCGGAUUUGUCAAAACGGACAUUAACUUCAACACCGGUAUCUUGUCGGUCCAGGAAGGCGCUGAAAGUCCUGUGAACUUGGCACUUCUUCCGAAUGGCAGUCUGUCUGGUUGCUUCUUUGUGAGGAAGGAAGUGUCAGACUUUUGAUAGAAGAUGAUGGCCUUCACCUGAUGGCCCUCUAGUUGUAGAUUAUGGAUCCCAACUCCUUAAUAAAUCAUGUGUGACUUCUAGAUGGUGUCUUGAGUUGGAUUUACAUCCUCUACCUUGACUUUCUGGUUUCUACCAUUUCCUAUCAUACAACUCUUUUAGAUAUAUUCAGCAGUAUCUACAGAAUUUGCUGUAGAGUAGUUAAUAUAUUCAA